GAGACGAAAUAGCCUGAGCGAUUUUGAUAUACGCCUGUAAAAUUAACAAAAGAAGUAAUAUAAGAAAUCCAACUCAACGAACAAAGAAGAAGCCGGGAGUAGAAAAGUUUAUUCUAAUUUUCACAGUACCGGAAAUGCAAGGACAGCCUGGACCCAGAAGGAUUGAGCUGCCAUUGGCUUUGAGCCAAGCGAUGAACAGUGAGGGAAGCACCAAGCUUUAUAUAUCUAACUUGGACUAUGAUGUUACCAAUCGAGAUAUAGAGUUGCUCUUCUCUGAGGUUGGUGAAUUGGAAAGGCACUCAAUCCAUUAUGAUAAAAGUGGAAGAUCUAAGGGAACAGCUGAAGUUGUCUAUAAGCACUAUUCAGAUGCUCUAGCAGCAAUCGAGAGAUACAACAAUCAGCAUCUUGAUGGAAAGAAAGUGGAAAUUAAGCUUGUGGGACUCAAUGUUGUUUCUCCUGUUCCUCUGCUUCUGCCUCCAAAUACAAAUUUCAUGCAAGAACAUCCAACUCCCGUCUUCCAGAGGCUAGGAAGAGCUGGUUCAAGGGGAUCGUUUCAUGGUCAUGGUGGUGUUGGACUUGAAAGAGGCUGUGGACAGGUGAGAAAUGGUGGUCCGAAGGUUACUACAGAAUCUCAGCAAUGGAAGAAUGUGACUGCAGAAAAUUAGCAUAGGAAGAAUGUGAUUACAGAAUCUGUUAAAAGGAAGAAAACAUUUUAUGGAGAUACAACUGUGACUUUUGAUGAUCUGGAUGCUGAUUUGGAAAAAUACCGCCUAAAAUGUAGGCCGGUAAACUGAAAUCACAGUUAGAUGACAGACAUGGUAGUUUAGGGGAAGGCAAACUGGUAAUAUAUAACAUAUAGAUGGAUAUGGAGCACUACCUAUUAGCAUUUCUU